AUGAAGGCGCGCAGGACCUACGCUAUAUCAGGUGAAAUCGCCCGUUAUAACGGUCAAGUACUACCCAACUUCAUGUGCGUUGACAUUGCGUAUGCAAAUACCCAAAUGGAAUAUGAGUGUCAAAUCGGCCUCUGGUCAUCAUCAAGGCGGUUGUCCAGUGAUAAUCACUUUCUGCAAGCGCGUUAUUUGAUUGAAACUACACAAUGUGAUUUGUCAACUAUGGACAAUUUGGGAACAGGCUCUCGGGCUUCUUUUGCUGGCGAGCUCGACGGAAUAAGUUGGACUACUGGCGAACUCGUGAUAAAUUACUGA